AUGAUGAUGCUGUUGUCGUCAUCAUCGUCGUCUUCAUCCUGGUCGUCGUCAUCGUCAUCGCACAUCAAGCGACUUUCGGAAACUCUCCGAAGAAUUACAUUUGCAUUUCCGGAAGGGCAGAAAAAAGAGAGAGAAGACAUAGGAGAAGGGGGAGUGGGGGGUGGAGGGGAUGAAAAACGGUUGCGGCACUGGUGGAACGUGGAGCCAUCUUCAAAGUCGGCAUCGUAUUUUAUCUUAUCGUGUUUUGAAGACCGAUAUCCCGAAGGUCCAACAUACCACCAGUAUGGUAUCAGAUGUGGAAUUAAACUGCCAUAA